AUGUCUCUGACAAGACCGAAACGUAAGGCCACAAUUAAUAAGUCUUAUAAUGAUGCCAUAGACGAGACUAUAUUUGACGAUAAUUCGCCUAAUACUUUGAAUAACUUAAGCAAUUCCAAAAAGAAACCUUUGAAAAAGUCAAAUACUCCUGAAGCAGGUCUCAAGAACGGGAACUCAAACGUUGUAAACCCAAACCCAAAAGCGAUAUCAUAUAAUUGGCAACCACCACCUAGUCCUGUUGACUAUUUUUCUUACAAAUUAGACUUAGAAGAUGCAUAUGUUGAUAUAGAAAAUCAAACACUAUUCUGUCCGAAUCAGCCUCCGAUUCCAACGUCAUACGAACAAAUAAGGAAACGAAAAUUGAAAGAACCAUUUAAAUUAACUAAAGGUGAUUACAUAUACAUGAUCAGUGAACCUCCUGGUGAACCAUAUUAUAUUGGUCGUAUUAUGGGUUUCACCUCUAAGCAUAAUCGACAUGUCCAGCAUCAUGAUAGUGAACGAAAUUCUACUGGUAGUUCUACAAGCAGCCUGGAUUCUGAUGCACAAAUCAGAAAUGAAAUUCAUCAUGAAGAGGCGUCUGGUUAUGUAUUUCAAAUUCAAUGGUUCUAUAGACCCAGGGAUAUUUCAAAAUCUACAUCCGAUUCAAGACUUUUAUACGCAUCAAUGCACACAGAUACUUGCCCGUUGCAGAGCUUCAGAGGCUUGGUUACUGUUAGACAUAAACUGGAUGUUGAAUAUGAAUUCAAUAAUUUAGCUAAUGACGCUUCCGAUAACAAUGGUAAGUCAUCAUCACCUGCAUUAUUAAACAGUUUAGAAAUAUAUUCACAACAACCAAACUGCUUUUAUUUCGAUAAGCUCUUUGACAGAUACAUGAUUAGAUUCUAUGACAUAUUACUGACUGCGAGCCUAUUAAGAACCAUAAAUAAUGACGAAAAUAAAAGUAAAAACUUUCUUACGGCAUUAAAUAAGAGGUUUGAAUAUAUAUUCGUCGAAAGCAAUAGGACUAAGUCUUUUGUCAACGGAUUCUCGUCAGAUUCUUGUAAUUGUGAAAUAUGUGGGCAAUGGUGUUCUGGUCAGGACUCUGUGACAUGUGCUGGUUGUGAGAAGCAUUAUCAUAUGUUCUGCCUUGAUCCUCCUUUAUUAAGGAAACCAAGUAGGGGGUUUUCGUGGUCUUGUGCGCCUUGUACAAAGAAACAUGAUCGUGAGCACCAAAGCAAAAAAAUGUUCAUGCUUUCUCAUGAUAACAAGCUGUCGAAUGAGAAUGAACUUUCUAGACAAAUUAAUGGAUUAGACUCACCGAAAUCACCCCCUCACGACCUGUCAGCUGAAACAGAUGAGGAUGAUAUCAAGCCAAUCACUAAUUCAAUCCUCCCGAAAUAUGAAUUAAUGGCAAUUGAAUUUUUGAAGAACGAUUCACAUUUAACGUUCGAACAAAGAAGACUAAAGGAAGAAUGGUGCAUGCGCUAUUUAGGAAUGUACGCUAGAUUAGAAGAUGGGGUUGAUCUCGAAGAUAGAUCUCCAUAUCCUAGAGCAUCUACAAGAUUGGGAGCAAAACAUCAAGCAACGAAUAUUCCUGAGGUUUACGAUCAUCCAAUCGUAUACUACGAUUUGGAUAAACAAUCAAAUGUUAAUGGCACUACAAGAAAAAAAUCAACUGUUAAAAAGCCACUCACUAAAUCAAAGAAACAUGAUGUAACGGAUACAGUUAAGCUACCUGUUCCAGAUGAGUUUAAAGAUACCCCGCCUAAGGAUUAUCCACAAUGGCUACAACCAAGACCAAAAGGAUACAUUGAGCGUGGUGUAGAUGAUGGUGAGGGAGUGACUUGUUCAUUAAUGUGGAAACCAUUAGAGGAGGAUUACCAGGAUAAUUUCAAAAAUCUAGAUUCCUUUGUUGAAAAGUGCUCUCCAAUAGCGGAAAAAUUGAAUAUGUUAGCGACAUCGCCAAAUUUUGUAGACGCGGUUCUAAAAUCUUACUUAGACAACAAUGGGAAUACUGAUAAAGCGUACGAGGCAAUUUCUAAGCUAACCAGGAAAUCGCUUAGAGAACCGACACUUUCAAAAGAAGAAAUUAAAAGAUUUGAAGCUGGUGUUAAGAAAUAUGGUAGUGAGUUAUAUCCAGUAUAUAAAGAAGUGAAAACAAAACCAUUGUCUAUGAUAGUGAGAUUUUAUUAUCUUUGGAAGAAAUCCGAAAAUGGAAGAUUAAUUUGGGGUAAUUUCGAAGGAAGAAUGCAUAAAAAAUUACAGAGCAUCGUUAAAGAAGAACACCCAUCUAAGACUGAGUCUAAAACUAGCCCUCCAACAAUUGAUCUCUUAGCAAAUCACAACGACGAUUCAUCAUAUGAAUCUGAAAAGAUUGUUAACAAUAACACUAAUUUUGCAUGCAAGCAUUGUCGAACACAUCAGUCUCUCCAAUGGUUUAGAAUUACAGGUUAUGACGCUAACACAAUAUUUGAAAAAGGGACCCACGAAGACCUUGAUAAGGAUGCAGUGAUAGGUUUAUGCUUCAGAUGCGCGAGGUUAUGGAGAAGAUAUGCAGUUGUAUGGGAAGACCCAACUGAAGUUGAAAAGAAGAAUAACAAGCCUGUUGGGGGAUGGAAGAAGAAAGUUGAAUUUGAACUACUUCGAGAUUCCCAAAUGAUAUUAGAAGAGUCGGAAGCUCUUGGAGGGGGAUUAUCGUACGACAAUAAGAAAUCUUCUUCAAGUAUUAUUAAUGGAACUGCGACUAAGCCCAAGAAAGUGAUACAGAAAAAGACUAACUCUGGUAUAGCUGAUGUCACAAAUAGUUCUGUUCUGAAAUUGAAAUCUUCAAAUAAAGAAGAGAAUCCUACCAAAAAGCGAAAGAUUAAUUCUGCAUCAACUAAACCUAUCGCAAGUUCUAUUUCUAAUACAAAGAAGAUAAAUUCGGCCAAAACCAAGGCUACAACCAAACCGUCUAAGCCAACUAAUAUUAAAACAAUUAAGGCAAAGAAAGAUAUACCUUCUCAAAAGGUUGUACAAGGUGCGACCAAAACCAAAAUAGAAAAGAAAGAGCUAAGCAAAGAUUCAGUUAAAGACAAUGUUGAAUCCGCGGGCAAUCCUCUGAAAGCCAAGCGUAAGAGAAGUCAGUCUUCGCUUACAGGUGACUCAAAGCCAGAAAAGAAGCUUACCACCACAGUCAAAAAGGAACCUAUACCGGGAGCCAUAUCCUCAGGUUCUACUCAGGUUCCUAACAAAAGACAAAAGAAACAUGUUGAUCCAUCGCUAUCAAAUCGUAUAAUUAACCCAGUUUUAAACAACAAUUAUAUAGUAUCUUUGCCAAUUAAAAGGAUAAAAUUGGAUAAGAAGUCAACGCCUGUUAUGACGAGUGAAAUAUUGAACAACGUUAUCAAAUCAUUUAGAAGCAAACAGCUUACAGAUCUUGGUGCACAGUUACAAGCAUAUCCAAUUCCAAACAAUGCAGUGGUUGAGCUUCCAUUUCUGCCUUUUGAUAGGAGAUGUUGUGUUUGUCUUGAAGAUGACAGAAAUGACACUUCUGUACCAGAAAUGCUCAUCUGUUCAAAUUGUGGUGUCAAUGCACAUCUCUCUUGUACAGGGCUUUCGAUUCCUGAACAGAUACCUAGACCAAUAAAACAAUGGUUAUGUGAGCCAUGUAUCAAUGAUCUAAAUCCGCAUUAUUCAACCUUAUAUUCUUGUUGUUUAUGUCUAGCCAACGAAUCAAACUAUGAGUUAUCCAUAUUGGGACACCCUUCAGUUAAACCAGACUACUUAAAACCAAUCUAUGGCUCUGGAAGAUGGUGCCACUUGGUUUGUGCAUUAUUCAAUUCCGAUUUAGUUAAUUUCAGGCUGAUUCCGUCUACUGCUUUUAAUCUGAAACGGUUUGUUAAAGAAGAGGUCAUAGACCAGUAUUCAAUCAUUGAAUCCAUUCAUAAUUUUACAGCAAUUGAAAACGUCUCAGAAAUAUACUUACAAAAUUACACAUCAAAGUGUGGCAUAUGCAAUACAUUGAACGGUUCAUUAAUUGCUUGUGAUGCCUGCAAGUUAACUAAUGAAGAUUCGAUGAAAUACCAUAUAACUUGUGCUCAAGAUACCUCAAAUUUUAAAUUAGGGUUCAAGUUAUGCUCUAAAAGGCUCAGUGACAAAGACAAUAAACUUGUCAAGGUCGGUGAUGAAUACGGUAAAUUGCAACCUAUCUUACUAUGCCCAUUGCAUACAACUUCCUCAAUAAAGAUUCAUAGUAUGAGAACUUUGGGUAAUAGAGUUUAUGGUAUUAGUAGAGAUGAGCUUAAACCUAUUAUUCAAAUCUAUUUGGAAGAUCUAGUGAAAAGCAAUAAUACAAGUAAUAAGUUAACUGGACCUCAAUUGAAGUCCAAUAUUUAUAUUAAGAUGAUAAAGGCAUAUGAGGAACAGGAAAAGAAUCAGAAACUGAAGAAUAAUUAUUUGAAAUUGUUAAAUCUGUCCAAUAUUAUUAAUGUGAAGUCUAAAGACGUCAAAUCUUGUGGAAGAUGUAAAACUACGGCUUCUCCUAUGUGGUGGAUACAAAAGGAUCGUAAUCAAGGCAAUUUCAAUGAAAUACCUGAUUCUCCAAACCAAAAGUUUCUUUGUCAAACUUGUUAUCACAUAAAAGAUGAAGAUAAAGAAUUAACUCCAGAACGUGAAAGCCAGCCCUUAUUUGAUAUACUUAAUGAACCAUUGGAUGGAGAAUUGUAUGGAUUACAAAAUAGUGAAGAUAAAUUGUCGGAUAUUUAUCCAAAAGGUACGAAACACGAACUGCAAGUUGUUGCCUCUUCUGAAAUUACAAGGUCAAAAAUAUCAAUAGGUGAUAUAUUAGGUUAA